AUGACCCCGUAUCAUUGGCUAUGGAAGAAUCUAGAACCAGGGCGAUCUGGACUAGGCGCCAAACUGGACUAUGCUAAAUUGGGUGUGGCGCAACAGACCGCAGGCCCGUCCUCCGAAGCCCAGUCUUCAUCGCCUUCAAUCUCUUUUUCAUGGGACGAGUCCGCAUCACUCAGCAAAGAUAGGAGACGAAAAGUGAGCGCCGAUGCAUCCAAGCGCCAUCGCGGCCGUAUUCAACAAAUUGACAAGUUGAAGCAUGAAAAUGACCUCCUGAAGCAGCAGCGAGAUUACUACCGACAUUGGAUGAAUUAUUACCAUCGUCUUCUUCACAUGGAAUCCGUCGUCGCAAUGCAACCACGUCCAGCAACCCCAGGUGAAUGGUAUACAGAGAACUUCUCAUGA